CAGUGUUAUCUCUGACAGGACAAAAUAUACUUCCUAAAUCAGAGUUUCAGACCUAGUACUAAGAAAGUACUGAAGCCAAACUGCAUGAACAUGUGCUCAUAGCCUAUCAACCAAACAUACAAGCAGAGUUUUGACUUGAAAGCAGGCUGUUGUUUUAUGAAUGCAGUUUCUGUCUUCAUAGUUUGAUAAUUACAAUGGCAGACACAGUCGGGGAAAUGAGUAUUUCGACCUUGUCAGAAUCCAAACAAGAACACCAGAGUCUGAACAUGAAGGAGCCAAGUUACUGUACAGAGCAUGGGGAGAUUUUCAAACUGUUUUGUGAGGAUGACCAGAAAACCAUCUGUGUAGUGUGUGGGGUGUCACGAGAACAUAAACCCCAUGAUAUCUUACCCAUCCAGGAGGCAUGUGAAAUGUACAAGGUAAAACUGGAAAAGGCACUGCAGUUGCUUCAGAAUUUGCUGAAAUUGGCACUGGAAAAUCUAAAUGAGGAAGAAGAGAAGACAAAACGGCUGUUGAUAAAGGGAGACUAUCUGAAGCAGCAGGUUGUUGAUGCUUUUUCUACAAUGCACCAGUUUUUAGACAAGGAAGAGAAAUCUUUCCUAAUGAAGUUGGAAUCAGAACAGAUAAAGAAAAUGGAGCAUCUAGAAAGCAACAGGUCCUACUUGCAGACAGAGGUUGCUAAACUGGAGCAAGCAAUUUCAGUGGUACAAGUAAGACUGGAAUGUGUCAGCCCCACAGCAAUGCUUAAGGAAAUCAAAGAUUUUUUAACCAGAAUGGAUGUAACAUUUCAGAAGCCACCAGAGAUAUCUGUGGGACUAUAUGAGUUUAAUUGUCCUAUACAAUAUGAGGUAUGGAAGAAAAUGACAACAGCCAUGUAUCCAGCCUUAUCUCCUAUUACAUUGGAUCCAAAAACUGCCAGCCCUUGGCUUAUUCUUUCAGAUGACCUGACAGCAGUUUCUGAAAGCAGCAUAGAGCGAGAUGUUGCUGAUAGCCCUGAAAGGUUCUAUUCUGGCCUUGCAGUGCUUGGGUCUGAAGGAUUCACUUCAGGGAAGCAUUACUGGGAGGUAGAAGUGGGCAACAAGACCAGAUGGGAGCUUGGUGUAGCCCAAGAGUCAGCGAACAGAAAUGGCACCAUUAUUCUCUCACCAAACAAUGGAUUCUGGGCUCUGACUUUAAGGGAGAAGGAUCAGUACAGAGCAUGCUCAUCUCCUCCUACUCCCUUAUCAAUAAGGGGGAGACCUACAAGGAUUGGUGUAUAUAUUGAUUAUGAUGCAGGACAGAUUUCCUUUUACAAUGCACAUUCUAUGGAGCAUCUUCACACCUUUGUUGGCCUGUUCUCUGAAAAGCUCUUCCCUUACCUCUGUCCUGGAAAUAAUGAUGGAGGUAAAAACAGUGAACCUCUGAAAAUGUUUGCACCACAACUCUGACUCAAGAAUAGCAAUUUAUACAUAUCUCUAAAUUCAAUGCGAGUAGGAUGUGUAUGUUAAAUUACCAGCACAGCCACUUGUAGAAAUAACCAGACUCAAUGAAAUAUGUACAGCCUUUAGAUUUGGUGUGUUAUGGGUAAAAUCUCCACGGACUGCUGGCUGUCAAGCUAUAACAAAACAACGCAAGAUUCAAAAAUAGCAGCUAAUUUUUUUAAAUAUAUGUGUGGUAUCUCAAUCAACACUGUGUAUCUGUUAAGAACACUUACAUAAUGGCUGUCCAGUUCAAUCUGAUAAAAAAAUUUAAUUGUACCACAAACUUUAAAAUAAUUUGUUUUCAUAGUCAUAUAUUAGCAAUAGUAAGGUGACAACAGAUCAGAUGAGCUGCACACUUGUGUCCUGCAGUGUUUCAAAUAUGAUUUUCAGGUUUCCUUUGCACUGGAGUGCAGCUUGCAGCACUGCUGUGGCUGAGUUUUAGAAUUUGCAAUCAACUUCCAUAAGGGGUGAAAAGAAUGAGGCAUCUGCUGUUAGUCAUUGAUCAUGAAAGUGGAUUUCUGGAUAUUAGUCAGGUAAAUUAGAUUUAUUCAAGCUGGCCCACAAAUACUAUGAUAUGCUAGUUAUAUUUCUCCUAAUGACUGUAGAAAUACAAAGGUUCGAAGUCAAAUGACUGAGUGAGCACCGACAAUUCUUAUUGCCCACUCAGUCAAUUGACUUUUAACUUUUUGUCCACUUGUGAAGUGUUGCUAAGACACUUACAAAGUCCCUGGCAGAGGUCUAAAAAUCUCAUUCAUAAAAGAAUAUGAUGUUCCCAUGGGGAUGGACUACUGACACACUUAGAUGUUCACUGUCAGAGACCUAAAGUCCCACACACAGAGGAGUAUGAUGUUACCAGGAAAUGAGCUUGGAGUUCAGCAUCAGUGAACAUCACACCUACAAACAUGAAAUAAAAAGAUAUUUAAGGAACUACUAUGUGGAUGACACUGUACCAGGCAUCAGAAGGCAGCAAGGAUAAUGACUAAGCCAACAUGUUCAAUAUUCAUUUGAUGAAUUGCACAGGUAAAAAUGCACCUCCCACUACAACUAGCCAGAUCCCACAACUACUACAUAAGUGGCUUCAGGUCAGUUAUUUUACAUUAAGAAGGUUUGUGGCCUAUAUUCUUGUAGGAGGAGAGGGUAGAUUCUACCCUUUUAAGCUGAGAA